AGGUGGGAGCGGUUUUACUACAACUACAACCAUUAACAACAAUAACAAGCCGCACUUGUCACUCCUAAUAAUAUCCACUAACUUUCAAUGAUUGGUAGGCCUAUAAAAAACAACUACCAAUCGUAGUAAGCUGGCAAAUACUAUAAAAUGCAAGCAUUCACUUUUCCAAAUUAGUCGCCGUAUAACAAGAAAAUACUCAUUCACAUAUCAAGAGACGAUAAGGCCUUAAACGCAAACUUUUAAACACGAACUCUACUCAAGUAACAGAAAUAUUAAACAGAAAAGAAAUUUAGUGAUUGUUCACACAGUAUCAACUCGUUCAUUUUAAUUUAUUACCCAAGUGUUAAUUACAAAGUAAAUAACCAUUUUUGUCGUAGUUGAGGCAAUCGCUGCUGUUAGAACAGAUAUGAGUGGACAGGUAAAUUUGAAGGUCUCAGUUUUGACUGUGAUUAUAUAUUCGAUGAACUUUUUAUUAACUCCAACUUCAAGUGCUGCUAUCAAAAGUGAAAACUUAAUAGAUAUACCAGAAAAUUUUAAAAUGGAUUAUUCCAUAUUCUGCAACUAUACAGAAUUCAGUGCAGCAUUCCUAGGUCCAGGAUAUAGUCAGUACUUCUUUUCAAAGAAGAUAUAUGAAGUAAAAGGUUCUAGAAUUAAUCAAUUUUCAAGGAAUGAACUUUUCCCUCAUUGCCCAUAUUAUGUAGAUGCUAUGGUUUAUUCAGAAACCACAAAGAAAGCAUAUAUAUUUAAAGGUAAGAAAGUUUGCAUUUUAUUUUUUUUUUUUUAAUUCUUAAAACAAAACCAUAUCACUUACUCUGUUGGCCUCUUUUUGCUAAACUGUUAAGUUGCAAAGAUGUACACAAAUCAUGAUCAGUUGUCAAACAGUGGGAUAGAGGAUAGCCGCAGACACAAAGACAUGCGUAUACAUACACAUACACACUUACAUAUGUGUGUGUGUGUGUGUGUGUGUGUGAUGAGCUUCUAUGUAGUUUUCUUCUACCAAAUUCACUUUCAAGGUAUUGGUUGGCUUGGGGCUAUAGCAGAAGAUACUUGCCCAAGGUGCUACACAAUCGAACUGAACCCAAAACCUGAUGGUUGUAAAGCAAGCUUCUUAACCAUACAGCCAAGUCUGCCCCUAUAAUCAUGUUCAUAGCAUAGAUUUCGCAACUGUUGCUACAUUGGCACCAGUCAUGCAUAAAAAGGUUGUUACAAUACAGCUGCAGAUUUGCUAUAUAUUCUGAUUAACAAAGAUCAAAAUUA